GAGACUAAGAAGCACAUGAUGAGCAGUCAAGAGGACUCAUCAUCGCAAGAGUCCGGCCCGUCACAGAGCGAUCUCCUGCCGCGCGCAGAUUGUUCGUUGCGAAGAAACGGCGCCUUGUCGGAGGGGGUGCCCCUUAGUGCCAACGACCUAAAUAACUCAGCUUCUGUCGCAACCAACGUCGACAAGAAGAAAGCUACGCAGCUACCUGUUCCCUCGAUCUACCGCACUAGACAUUCGGUGGCGUCUGCGCCCGACCUGGAGACGAUCAUCGUCACCGAGUACUCGGUGCCACUCACCAAUGCCCACAAAGCGCCUGCUGUUCUCCAGCCGUUCAACGCCUGUCGCCCACUCGCCGUACUGCUGCGAUUCCGAGUUGCGCAGGUGGCGUCCGGUUUCUGCACGUUUCUUCUCGGCUGUUCGGCGUUGCUUGACCGCGACACUCGACACGCGCUUUUCGCAGCCUGUAUCAUCGGCCUGCUAUGCGUGUUCUGUACGGCCAUGCAUAUCGUCGACUGUCGGCAGAAAGGCCCGCAAGGCCUACAGUACAUUUUCCCCGGCAUGCACGUCACUCUUGCCGUGACACUCACAACGAUCGGCGUGAUCGCCUGUCUCGUCACGUGCGUCGUACACGCAGCCAGCACAGAUAACCGCAAUGUGUUCAAGUUGGCCGUCUCGCAGAGUGUCGCAUUGACGCCAUGGCUACUCGUUGAGAUGGCGACGAUCGCAUUGCGCGUCAUGUGGGCCCGACGUUACAUCAGCUGACCGUAACAAUAUCUGACGUACCAAACGUUGAUUCAACAGACAGGAAGUUACUAUAGCAGCAGAACAACAGGUCACCACAACAGCGGGCCGGACAGAGCUAGCAGGAAACGGUAUCUGCGACUGCCGCACUGGGAGCGCUUACCGCCAUAAUGUAUGAGAUGAUAGAAGAAUGAGUAUGCGCCGCUUCAAUAAAAUAUGGAAGCAUUGAAGCGGAAAGGUGAACAAAAUAAGGAUGGUGGUAAUGACGGUCGUAUAAAUAUAUACAUGACGAAUAGUACGAGAUAUAAAUAGGUGUGAUGGCAGAAAGUAAAUGAACGGGAAAGUGCGUGAAAAGGAAACAAGUGGACGCCAUUAUAAUGAGAAUGAUAGAAACGAUGAGAUAAACAAACUUUGUACAAUACUGUACAUUCCGCUUUAUGAUGAUUUGACGAUCGGUAAAAACGGUCAUAGAACGCAACAUGAUAAAAGGUUGUACAAGCUAUAAGCUAAAGCCAAUGGCAGCGAUAAUGAGAAUGCAAAAAAAAAACCGACCUUAAUAUAGCUAAGACUACUGUGUGGUGACUGAAAAGAGGUCAAGCGUCCGCAUCUCUUUUGAUUGUGACAUAUUCGCGAUUAUGUUAAUGUACAAACAUGGUAGACAGAUAAACAAGUCGACAACGAGACAAGCAGAAGACAGUGAAAGGUCCACUGGAUGAGAGAAGGGGCAAUCCCGUAUCGAAUAACUUUUGGCUGAAUCUUUAUUUCAGACAACAGAAAACAAGCGGAAGUGGAGGAGACAAACGAAGAUAGAAAAAACGAAAGCGUUGGGAUUUAUCAUUAUCAUACACAUAUACACAGCAUAAACGAAUAAUGUUUACUGUUGUCAUUAUCGUAAAAAGGAAAAACAAUUUUCGAGCGUAUAUUAGGUUAGUAACGUAAAUGGCGCUCAUGGGCCCAUAUCUCGCGCCGAUGCUGUUCGUACGAUUCAUGUAAAUACAGAGAAGCGAACAUAAACGAAAAUUGAAUUGAGCCACCUAACGGCGCUUAUAGCUUUCGUAUACAGCGCGAUGAGAAGAAUACAUGAGAUAUCGUGUCAUUUUUUUUUUUUUUUAUAUAAACAUCGAAAACAGCGCCAAAUAGGGCCACAACGUCUACUUUGAAAAAUUUCAAAUUUCCCGCUGUUCGUCGAUAGUGUAACGAUUUUUUAAAUCUUAGCUAGCAGGUGUGGCAUUUAGCUUUUGGAUAUUGCCAGGACACCUCAAGGGACUGAUAGAAAAAUUAAAAGAGACGCGCGUAAUUCAAAAUGUUUUAUGCACCCGAUACGUCCUAAGUUGCUUCACCUGACUAAGACCGACUUGGGCGCUGUAUCUGAUCUCUUUUGCUAAUAUUUUGUCGGCAGGAAAGUUGUCAAAUGCAGAUUCGUCGUAAAAUGACCAUCUGUUAGUAGUAGAUUUCCGAAAACAUGUUUAUGAAACGACGUUCUCAAUGGAGACAUCUACGCGUAUAUUGGAAGCAAUCCCUGUAUGAUGAUUAUUCGAAUAAUGAUUAAGACGAUGUAAAGUUUACUAGAGGUACUGCAGUAGAAGUGUACCACCUGGUGGAUUUUUUUUGUGAAGAAUAUGAAACUAGAAAUCGAACGCCAGAAAUGCCAACAGAAUUAUUAGUUGUGCGUGAUAUAACUUUGGA